AUGUUUUGUACGAGAACGAUUAAAAUCGAAAGAGGGGUAACAAAACCUCGCGUGCAGCUGAAGAUCGUUAGAUCCAAGGACCAGGAGAUGUUCUGGUCAGAUACGAAGAAAAACCAACACAAUCUCAAAACUAUUUUACUGAACUCCAACGCCAGUCCGAUAAGAUGCAAAGAUAGCCUCGGAUACGUAUGCGCGUUCUGUCCCGACCAGUUUCUCAUCCCUACGGAUCUUAAGAAACAUUUCCUAGAUGAACACAACAACGAUAGACUCAUAAAAGUGGUGGCUGGCAAGCUAUUCGAACACGUAGUAAAAUUGGACAUCACGUACUUAAACUGUGCACUUUGCAGCAAGGAUAUUCCGAAACUCGAAGAUUUAAUGGCUCAUCUUAAAUAUGAACAUGGAAAGGAAAUGUAUUUGGACAUAAAGAAUGCCAUAGUCCCAUUCAAAUUCGACACACCAGAAUUGCGUUGCGCAGUAUGUUCUGCUGAGUAUCUGAACUUUAAACUCUUGCAAGAACAUAUGAACUCUCAUUUCGGGAAUUAUAUAUGUCCGGUUUGUGGGCGAGGAUUCAUGACUGAACGUCUCUUAGGAACUCAUAUUAGUAGGCACAAUAAUGGCGAGCAUAAAUGCGAGGAUUGUGGCAAGGUUUUCGGAAGUAAAGCCAAUUUGAGGGAGCAUCAAAGGCGUACCCAUUUGGGUAUGAGCAAACGGAACAAAUGCUUGGUUUGCAAUGAAAGAUUCUUAGAUUACUGGAAGAAAAUUGAUCACAUGGUGAAGGUGCAUGGAGCGCCGCCUGUGAAUAUAAAGUGUCAGGCUUGCGAUCGAACGUUCCAGAACCAAAGGGCAUUAGCCCGUCAUACUAAGAAGGAUCAUUUGUUGGAGAGGAAACAUCAAUGCGCGGAGUGUGAGAUGAGGUUUUUCAGUACGAGCAGUUUGGCGCGUCAUAUGGCCAAGCAUACUGGCUUGCGUCAGUUUCGAUGUGACGUAUGCUUUAAGGCGUACGGACGGAAGAACACUCUGAGGGAGCAUAUGAGGAUCCACGCUGAUGAUAGGAGGUUCGCGUGCACUCAUUGUGGACAGGCGUUUGUCCAGAAAUGCAGUAAGCCCCGCGAAUCUAGAAGAGCUUUUAUCAAAAUCGAAGAAACGUCCCCAGUGAAAAAGGAAAUCAAUGUUCGUAAAGAGAAAAUCAUAAAGAUAGUCAUCAAUAAAGUUGGAGUAAGUGAGAAACGGAAGGAGGCAGACCAACAUCAGAAUAAUAUCAAGGAAAUACUAUUAAACACUAACGCAACGCCGAUACGAUGUCGUCUCGGCAUAGGUUAUGCGUGUUGCUUUUGCAAAGAACAAUUCCCAGAUCCCGCCGAUCUUAAAACCCACACAAUACAACAUCACACAGACGAAGAAAAGGCCAAAUUCAUGAAAGGUAAAGAUAUGCAUGGAUAUUUCGUGAAGCUAGACAUAACAGAUUUGAAAUGCAACCUCUGCGAACAGAAAAUCAAUAGCAUUGAAGACGUAACUGAUCAUUUGAAGAAGGCGCACGAUAGAAAAAUGUUUACGAAUCUCAAAAAUCACAUCUUGCCCUUCAAAUUCAGCAAGGAAUCCCUCAGUUGCUGCAUUUGCUAUAACAUUUUCAAUUCUUUCAAAGCCUUGCAGGAACACAUGAAUAUACAUUAUAGGAAUUAUGUGUGCACAGUGUGCGACGCGGGUUUCGUUAACAGAAACAUACUAUUGAGACACGGGGAUGCUCAUAAGACUGGUGAUUUCAGUUGUAUGGAAUGCUCGAAAACUUUUGACACAGCGCGAAAGAAAAGGCUUCACGACAGAGCAAAGCACUCGGGACAAAAGUUGCCGCACAAAUGUGGAUAUUGCACAGAGAGGUUCAAAGAAGUUUGGAAGAAAUAUGAACAUUUGGCUAAGAUACAUGGAAUCAAAGGUCCGACGAUAAAUUGCCGGGCUUGCGAUAAGAGCUUUGAGACAAAACAUGCUUGGAGACUACACACCACUAGAGUCCAUUUAAUGCAAAAGUAUCACAAGUGUACAGAUUGCGAUAUGGAGUUCCAUACUAAGAAGGAAUUGGAGAGUCAUAUGGUUCGGCAUACUGGAACGAGGGAGUUCACGUGUGACAUCUGUUUCAAGUCGUAUGGUAGACACAAAACGAUGAGAGAUCACGUUCGAAGAGUUCACUCCUAA